GAUCAAUUUGAUUAUACUGAUUCAAGAUAGAGGGCUAAUUAGGGAUCAUUCUUCAAUUGGUUUUAUUUUUCGAUCAACAUUGAGGGUGAGGUUCUAUGUUCUUGCUCCAGAAAAUGUUCAGACUCAAAAGUACAAUCCCCACCAGCGCCCCCGUUAAGCCCUUUUCCUUGUCCCGCCACCUCUCCGCCUCUCUCACACUUCCAGCGCCGCCGUUGCCGCCGCCGUCGGCCCAACCAAUAGACGCUGUUACGCUCUCCAACCGCAUCCUCAAGGAAGACCCAAAGACCCUAGCUUCAACCCUCCACAACUUCACCCAAUGGACCCCAGACCUCGUCCAAGCCGUCCUCAAGCGCCUCUGGAACCAUGGCCCUAAGGCGCUCCAAUUCUUCAACCACCUCGAUCGCCACCCAUCUUACGCUCACUCCGCCGCUGCAUUCAACCACGCCAUAGAUAUCGCCGCCCGGAUGCGCGACUACAGGACUCUUUGGAAGCUCGUGGCUCGGAUGCAGGCCCGACGGCUCGGCCCUCGCCCCAAAACAUUCGCUAUCAUCACCGAAAGGUACAUUUCUGCUGGCAAAUCCGAUAAGGCGUUGAAGGUUUUCUUGGCUAUGCAUAAACACGGUUGCCCCCAGGAUUUGAAUUGUUUCAAUACAUUUCUUGAUGUGCUCUGCAAAUUGAGGCGUACGGAGAUGGCCUAUAGGCUGUUGAAGAUGCUUAGGGGUAAAUUCAAAGCUGAUACUAUUACCUAUAACAUAAUUGUGAAUGGGUUUUGUUUAAUUAAACAAACACCCAAAGCUCAAAACAUUUUGAAGGAAAUGGUAGAGAGAGGAUUGAAUCCAACCAUAACGACGUAUAAUAUAAUGCUUAAAGGCUUUCUUCGAGCCGGUCAGAUUAAGGAAGCUUGGGAAUUUUUCUUGCAAAUGAAGAAGCGGAAGUGUGAUAUUGACAUAGUGACAUAUACAACUAUGGUUCAUGGUUUUGGAGUUGUUGGUGGGGUUGAUAAAGCUCGGAGGAUAUUUAAUGAGAUGGUUGGAUCGGGUGUGCUUCCUUCGGUUGCAACUUACAAUGCUUUGAUUCAAGUGUUGUGUAAGAAGGAUAGUGUGGAAAACGCGAUUUUGGUGUUUGAGGAGAUGGUGAGGAAAGGUUAUGUGCCUAAUACCGUGACCUAUAAUGCGGUUAUUAGGGGAUUGUGUCAUAGAGGGAGGAUGAAUGAGGCUAUGAAGUAUUUAGAUAAAAUGAAGGACGAUAAAUGCGAGCCAAAUAUUCAGACUUACAAUGUUAUUGUCCGCUACUAUUGUGAUGAAGGAGAAAUCGAGAAGGCGGUAGAGGUAUUUGACAGAAUGAAUUGUGGGGAUUGCUUACCCAAUCUGGACACGUACAAUAUCUUGAUCAGCUCAAUGUUUGUUAGGAAGAAAUCAGAUGAUUUGCAGGUGGCUGGCAGGUUGCUAGUGGAAAUGGUUGGUAGAGGGUUUCUGCCUAGAAGGUUCACCUUCAAUCGGGUUUUAAACGGGCUUUUGCUCACUGGCAACCAAGAUUUUGCCAGAGAGAUCUUGAGGCUGCUAAGCGAAUCUGGCCGUCUUCCUCGCCAUUUCAAAUUGUGAAUCUAUUGCAGUUUCCCGCAAGAUUAUGAGCAAUCCUUUUUGCACAUGGAAAGUUAUGAGACCGUUGAUGUCUUUGUUGCUGAAACGAGG